UAUUCCGCUCGCGAUCUCAACAUAUAAUUUCGGAUAGCGUACGCUUUUCAUCAUUUGUCUACCAGAAACCAGUAACGAUACAAAUUAGAUACGUAACUUUCUAAACGAAAAUCACGUUUUAUUGUUAAAUUUGCUGUCGAAAUGUAGCCCUUUACCGCUUUGGAAGAUCGGAGCGGGAGUUAUUAUAUGUCAUUGUAAUUAGAAUUUGUUCUUCUAGUAGUUAUUGUAGUAUUUUUUUUAUAGUUCGCAACAUUUAUGUAACAAGUUUAAAAUCUAUGGUAACGUGUACAAUUAAAUCUUGCGCAAUCUCAGCAUCGUACAUCAUCCAAGAAUGGCUCAUCUUUUAAGAAGUGUUUAUAUCCUUGGCGUUGGCAAGGAUUACGAAGGGAUGUCCUUAGAUGAGGGGAGACAGUCGCAGCGCCCAUACCGCUAUGGCAUGGUGCUGUUGUGCGCUGGCGCCCUGAUCAAUUGGCUGGGACUGGCCGAGGAUUACGCGGAGCCGGUUCGUUACGUGGGUGUGGCCUGCAUCGUCGCCGGAGCUCUACUCAUCUGUGCUGCCAUGUGCUGCUGGCUUCAGUCACCAGCAAGGCAGCCGCAGAAUGAGCGCUCUUCGCCAGACACUCACCAAAUUGACGACCCUAUCCAUGUAAUAUCGAUGCCGGACGAGGAGACGAUGCAGCAGAAGCCUCCAGACUACGACACGGUCGCCGGGGCGCCGCCGACCUACGACGACGCGAUCAAACUCAACCCGGCCAGACUGCUGCCGGCCACCUCCAGCGCCAGGGCGGACCACGCACCCAACACAACCAAUGACGUCACCGUCAUACCCGGCCAGCUGGACGAGGCUCUGACGUCAUCGUCCGUAGCCCCCGUCCAUUCCCCCAUCCCCAAGACUCCGCCCCCCCCAUACAGACCAGCACAGGCGAUCAGAUGAACCCACGGCCGACAGUUCUGUUACUUUAAGUCGACUGCUGUUUCAUGUGACGUGAUUCGAAUAUCAUAUACAUCGGGUGACCGCUCGCAGCCGCCACGCCGGUCAAUGUAUUAUUAAAAAAAUGUAUCAUACACGUGAAAUGAUAUAUAUUUAAUGUAGCUGGAGUAGGAAAGAUGCGUACUUAUGUGAUAUUAAAACGUAAUAAUUAGUUACUUAAUUUAUCUACCUUCUGUAUAUAUUUAUAACUUAGUUCGUCGAAAAAAAAAAUUAUGUUUAAAGUACCUCGGAUGCAUCGUAAUCUCUUCACGUGACAUGCACUCGCACGUUAUGGUUAUGAAAAAGAAAAAAAAAAUACAUAUCUUUAUUACCGUUGACCGUUUUGACGUAGGAUUUAAAAGCAAUAACAGCGCUGUGCCAUUAUUAAAUAUAAACUGACGUAAAAAUAAAUUGAUUGUAGUUUUUUAAUAAUUCGGUACAGUAUUACUUAAUCAUAAUUUCAGCGUAUAUUGUAUAGAGCAUAUAACAUCGCUCUUUGCUCAAUUAACACCUUAAACAUGUGUUCAGUUCAUUGAUUAAAUAACGAAAAAAAUUAGCAAUGAAAUUUAUAAUCACUAGUGAUGGGACUUAUCCUAAAAGAUCUACGCAUUUAAUAAAUAAGUAUCGAUAAUUCGAUAACCAUGAUGCUUCGGCGUUUUCCGUCAAUUUAUACCAUAUCAAAAUUUAUAUAAAUAUAGUAAUACUAUAAUAAUAUAGUUAUAAUUAUUGGCACUCCAGUAUGUGUCAUUUACUGGGUAGCUAGUGACUUGUGAUAAUUGCAUAUGUUGUUAAGUUGUGUAACUGUUGUUUAAAAUUAAUCGCAAUUCGAUUUAUUGUCCGGAGUUUGACGUCACUUCGACGGUUAAUUAAUAAUUAUUUUUGAUAACAUUUAGCUUGUUUCUAUUCUAGUCCCUAAUUAAUGACUAUGGAAAGAAGUUUUUAGUAAUGAACCAGCCUUAUUUUGUAUCUGUACAAGUUUGUCGUGCACUAGAUUAAAAGUACACUUUAGAUAUUUGAGAUCUUAGAGAAAAAAAAAUGUAUAAAAAUUAUAAAUAUCAGUCCACCUUGCAUUAUAUAGUUAAAUAAAAGUUAGGGAAACAAAAUUCUUAUCAUUGUAACACUCAUGCUACUGCAGUUGGUUUAAGUAAAACAUUUUAAAAUGUCACUGUCACACCUGGAAUUCAUUUGUCACUGUGACAGUAUUCAUGCGGCCUUACGUCACUUCAUCGACAAACUAUACGUUCCAAAUUUUUAAUCGGAUCUUUGUAAAUAUCCUGUAAGUCUGUGAACUUUAUAAUCGGGACCAAUUUGUAAUAUUUGUGAAGUCGCCCGUUUGUUAUAUCGACUGCGGUUUACAAUGCUGAUGUUGUGCAUUUAUUAUUUGUACAUUUUACAGAAUAACAAAAUUUGAGUGUACAUAUGAAAUAAAUGUUGUUGCGAACGUA